UAGUUCCCAAAUUCGUCACCAGAAGUUUAGAAAAAAACUUAUAUCUCAAUUAUCAUAUAGAUACAUUGGACGUUUGUCUAUCGUGGUGCUGACGUCACAGUAUGGGGUUUCGACUGUUAGUGACUCUGAUGAUAGCGUGUCAUGCUGUGAACAUCUGUACCGCUUCCGCGUUGAGGUCUGCGCAUGUCUCACGGAGAGUUCGAACGCCUGGUAUCCUUGAUGUCUCUGCUUUCAACAUCAAAACUUUUGGCAAAUCCAAGAUGAGUAAUCCCGAGGUUGCGGAGAUCAUUAAAAAUAUUGUGUUGGAGUAUGACUUGAUUCUAAUCCAAGAGAUUCGGGAUAUCAGCGGCGAAUCGUUCGAAUUACUUCUAGAAAUGCUGAACAGCGUUGAGCAGUACGGAAUGGCAAUCAGUGAGAGACUAGGGAGAUCGUCUUAUAAAGAACAAUACGCCUACUUUUACAGAAAAUCCUCCCUCACUCUAUUAGGCACUCGACAAUACCCAGACCCAGGAGAUAGGUUUGAGCGAGAGCCAUACAGCGCCCUGUUCAAGUACAAUUUCAACUCUCAAACAUUUGUUGUCACGGGACUUCACGCCAAGCCCGCCGAUGCCGUCUCAGAAAUCGAGCUAAUGGUGGACGUGUACCAGGACGCCCUUGAUGAAUUUAACAAUGCAAAUAUGAUCAUAAUGGGAGACUUCAACGCCGACUGCUCCUACGCCAAAGAUUAUGAACUAGAACCGCUAGCUUUCUACUCUGACAGCACUUUUGAUUGGCUGACUCCUUGGAACGCAGACACGACCACUUCAGAAAACACCGACUGUGCGUACGAUAGAAUCGUUGUGACAGGAAGUUUGAAACAUGCUGUAUAUGGAACGUCUGUGUAUAACUUUGAGGAGACCUAUGAUCUAGAUUACGACCAGAUGUGGGCUGUCAGCGACCAUUACCCUGUAGAUGUGCGUCUCGCGAUAUGACGUCAUAGUCGUAUUGCUGACGUCAUCAACGUGGCGUAUGAGAUCACAAAAUAAAACAAAAGUUCAAAA